AUAGAUGUUUUAUUCAAUCGCCUCAUAACAACAAUCUGAAUCAAUAUGAAGCAUCAUCCGACACUGAGAUCAUCCACUUCAGAAACCGAAAGUGAAGCAGGAGGAUCAAUCAGGAUUCAGGCUGGUUUUCUUUGUGUCUAAUGGAUCAGAUUCUUCUGAACUGAAUUAUUUGGACGAGUCUGGUCUCUGAAAACAUGAUGUGGAUUAUUAUCGCUUUACUGGUGGAGCUCCUCAUACACACUUCCGUGUCCUUCUCUGUAGAGGUUCCUGGUGAUCCUAUAGAGGCUCGUAUCGGAUCCACAGUGAUUCUGCCCUGCUGGAUCUCUCCUCCGGAGAACGCUGAAGCUCUGGAGAUACGCUGGUACCGUCAUGAUCAGUUCAACAACCCCAUCGUCUUCUAUCGUGACGGGAAGAUCCAGGACAUCCAGGAGUGUUUCAAGAACCGAAGCUCUUUGUCUCCACGCUCAGAUCAGUCUGGUGGACUGAAGGAUGGAGACGUCUCUCUACGGCUGGAGAAACUCACAUUUCAGGAUGAAGGUUCAUUUCACUGUUAUGUGAGUGGAGACAGUUCAUACGGCAGCAAAGUCGUAGACCUCAAAAUCACCGAUUCUUUGGGUCCGUGGAAGGCUCUUUUCUUCAGCGUUCUCGUCUUUGCUCUUCUGGGUUUGGUUGGGUUGAUCCUCUACAAAUACAGACACAAACUAACAGGGAAGCAACCAGCUGAUGAAAUUUGUAAAGAGGAACUGUUGAAGAAACUGACAAAAGAAGGAGACAUAAACAUAGACGAACUGAGGAAACAUGCAGUUGAAGUCACUAUUGACAGUGAGCAUUCACAUCCAGGCCUGACUCUCUUUGACAGUAAAAUCAUGAGAGAUGGUCCAGAAUAUAGUCCAAGUGGAGAUGGAUUUCCAUAUGAAUUAUGUGCAUUUGGAGCUCAAAGAUUCACUUCAGGUCUUCACUAUUGGGAGGUAGAACUAGCACGAAGAUGUACACCUCCUAAAAACUACUGGUUAAUUGGUGUGGCGAAAGAUGGAAGCUUUACUUCAAGAAAGAGAUCUGCUUUAACUCCAUCAGCCGGUUUCUGGUUCUUGUGUUCAGACGGUCCUAAUGGCUUUUACACCAACACUGAUCCACCAGUUAAACUCUCACUGACACCGAGACCUGAACGACUGGGAGUUCUGUUCGAUUAUGAUGACGGUCAGCUGUCAUUUUACAACGUGACAGAGAGUAAACAUCUCCUGACCAUCAGCAGCAGAUUCUCUGGACCAGUCGUUCCUCUCUUCAAUCCUGGAGUUGGAGAUCAGGGAGUGCUUAAAAUUCUGGAUUGUCCAGAACCUGUAGAAUCAGCUGUAGAGUUCAAUCAGCCUUUACUGAAUAACAGCUCAGACGCCUGA